AUGUCUCAUUCUCAUUCUCAUUCUCGAUCUCGAUCCCACUCGACCCAGCCUCGACGGCCCUUCGAAAACGGCGUCACGCACGCAACCUUCGCGUGGAUCGCGAGAAUGAUGGGCUUGCGCACAGGCAUGCCCCGGCGGGAGUGGGAGCGCCGGGAAGCCGCGCGCCGUCAACGACGGGAGGAACUGCGGCAGCAGCGAGACCGGUUCACGCGCAGCAGCCACGGCCAAAGCCUCCCCGUAGAUGAGAUCCGCUCGCGGGUGACGCUGGCGCAGCAGAACGGGGAGAGGGUUUCCACGCGCAUCCUGCACGAGCUCGCCGAGAAGGACGGCGUGCAUAUAUCCCGUGGGCAUUGGGAUCUGCGUCCGGAGCUGGUUGCUCGCAUCGCGUACCUGCGCGAUAGGUAUUACUUCCUGGGACACGAUGGGCGCUUUUACUAUAGCACUAAUCCGACCGGUAAUGGUCCCGACUUUGAUAUUUCCCUCGACACCUAUACGCCGAUCCUCAUUCGGCAGCUUGCUUAUCCGUACCGGCAGCUGUGCCGGCGUUAA